AUCUGCGGCUUGCAGUACGAGGCGAACAUCCUGUCUGCGCGGCUGCGCGUGGUGGAGGGGUUCUCCGUGCAGACGCUCGUCCGCGUGAGCGGUUGCUCCGGCCACGGGCCCGGCUCCCCCGAGCAGGAGCAGAGGAGUUUGCCGACGCCCGGCCACUGUUACCACACGGCCGAGUUCGCCUUCAAGGCCGCCCCUCGCCGCGGGGAGGCAGCUCCGACGGCCCGGGGCCUGUCCGCGCGCCUGCUGAUGCACCGUGGACCUGUGCAGCAUCGGCGCGAACAGCAGCCUGAGGCUGGACGACCCCGACAUCGCGACGGAGUCGCCCCGGGUGGGGCAGCGCCCAGAGGCCGCGGUGGGCGCCUC